AUGGAGUGCUACAGCGAGUGGCUCGACCACUGCGUCGGCUACGUCACGCAGAUCCUGUCCCAGCCGCGCUUCGCCACCAGGCUACGGGCGCGUGGGAGGACGGCCGAGGAGAUGGCCGAGGAGAUCUGCGAGCGGGCCUGGGGGACUGGCAUGCCUGCGAGGCGGGCCUACUACAGGUGGCGCCACACGCUGACGCGGUCGCAGAGGAUCGUGUCGGACUGCAUGCGGCGCUACGACUACGUGUGCCUGCGGACGUGGCUGGCCGAGCUGCGGCGGGAAGGGCAGCCACCGCCCAUUGGCCCGCUCAGAGCGCCUUCGGUGCCGUGGAAUGCGGGACGCAGGAGGCGACGGAGAAGUGGUUGA